AUGAAAGAAAGUGCAAUAUUAGAAGCUUCGUCUUCGUCUUCGUCCAGAAAGGGCACAGACUCCUCCGUGUCCUCCGAGGGAAGAGAAGGUGAGAGAGGAAACAUCUUAUCCCAGUACACUGAAAAGCAAGCCAUGCAAAUGGGCAGAAACUACGCCUUGAAGCACGACUUGGACCCGGAAUUGUUUGGCCGUGCUGCUGCGUUGGCCAGAAACCCAUAUGCCUUCAAUUCAAUGGAGUUCUUAUCUCCGGAAGAGAAGGAAGCUUUAAACUUGGAGGCCACUAAGAAAUGGCAUAUUCCUCGUAAGUUGGUGGAGGUGAUCGCGUUGGGUUCUAUGGCUGCUGCUGUCCAGGGUAUGGACCAGUCGGUUAUUAACGGAGCCACGCUUUUCUACCCCAAAGUGUUCGGAAUUACUGAAAUGAAGAACUACGACUUGAUGGAAGGUUUGGUCAAUGGUGCUCCAUACCUCUGCUGUGCAAUUGCGUGCUGGACAUCGCAUUUCUGGAACAAGAAGUUGGGCCGUAAGUGGGUCAUUUUCUGGACCUGUCUCAUCUCUGGUGUUACUUGUCUUUGGCAGGGUUUUGUUAAUUUGAAAUGGUACCAUUUGUUCAUUGCUCGUUUUGCUAUGGGUCUUGGAGUCGGUAUCAAGUCUGCCACAGUUCCAGCCUACGCAGCAGAAACGACUCCUCAUACCAUUAGAGGCUCGUUGGUGAUGCUUUGGCAAUUCUUCACAGCAGUGGGUAUCAUGUUUGGUUACGUUGCAUCUUUGGCAUUCUAUCACGUUGGAGACCACGGUAUUGCUGGUGGCUUGAACUGGAGAUUGAUGCUCGGAUCUGCUGGUCUUCCUGCUUUCUUCGUGUUGAUUCAGGUUCCAUUUGUUCCCGAAUCUCCACGUUGGUUAAUGGGUAAGAAUCGACAUGGGGAAGCCUAUGCGGCGUUGAAAAUUCUUAGAUUUGCUGAGAUCGAGGCUGCCAGAGACUGUUUCUACCAGUACGUGUUGUUGAGCGAAGAGAACUCUUACGUUGGAACUCCUUACUACAAGAGAGUGUGGGAGAUGUUCACAAUUAGAAGAAACAGAAACGGUGCAUUGGGUGCAUGGAUUGUCAUGUUCAUGCAACAAUUCUGUGGUAUCAACGUCAUUGCCUAUUAUUCGUCUUCGAUCUACAUCGAGUCUGGACUUUCUGAGAUUAAAGCUAUGGUGGCUUCGUGGGGUUUUGGUAUGAUCAACUUCUUGUUUGCCAUUCCAGCCCUCUAUACGAUUGACACCUAUGGCAGACGAAAUUUGUUGCUCACAACGUUCCCAUUGAUGGCCAUAUUUCUUCUCGUUGCCGGUUUUGGUUUCUUCAUUGAUGGAGAUACCAAUCCAUCUGGCCGACUUGGAUGUGUCACUGUUGGUAUUUAUCUUUUCGCUUGUGUCUAUUCUUCUGGUGAAGGUCCUGUUCCUUUCACAUAUUCUGCUGAAGCUUUCCCAUUAUACAUUCGUGAUAUCGGAAUGGGAUUCGCAACAUCUACUUGUUGGUUCUUCAACUUUAUUUUGGCCUUUACUUGGCCGAGGUUGAGAAAUGCCUUCACAGUUCAGGGUGCUUUUGGCUGGUACGCUGCUUGGAACAUUGUUGGAUUCUUCUUGGUGUUGUUUUUCUUGCCAGAAACAAAGGGUUUGACUCUUGAAGAGUUGGAUGACGUUUUUGGCGUCUCUUUGAGAAAACAUGCUUCGUACAGAUUGAAGGAAUUCAUUCACAACUUCAGAAAAUUUGUUUUCAGAGAGAAAUUGGCUCCAAUGCCUCCAUUGUACAAUCAUCAGCGUAUGGCCGUGACCAAUCCACAAUGGGAAGAGAAAGUAGAGACGCUGUACAAGGAGGAAGCUUGA